AUGUGGGGAGCAGACGACGCUGCAGCCGGGGAGGUAGCGAGGAGGUUCUACAAGAAACUCAUGUCCCCCACUGAAAAUAGCAUGGGCGAUGGACAGCUAAAUGCUGCGACUGCGCUGCACGAAGCUGUUAAGGAGUAUAGAUUGGCAUCUCCGGGGCAGAACUGCGUGCUUAAGUGGGGUCCUUUCAUUCAUGUUGGUAUUUAG